UCUACACACCAGAAACAAGCGGACGAUGAAGUAUAACAUGGCCAGGAUCGUUAUCAACCUAACAUUUCUUCUCUGCUUUAUUGGUUUACCUCGCUUCACAAAAGGUGCCAACUGUUUUGAGAAGGUAGCAGACAUAGUUUUUCUGCUAGACUCGUCCAGUAGCAUAAGGGAGGAACAAUUUCAGGAUCAACUAAACUUUGUACAAAAUGUAGCCGACAACUUUAAGAUAGGCAACAACAACAUACAAGUUGGAGCUAUAACAUUUAGCGACAAGGCCAAACUCAACUUCCACCUCAACACUCAUCAGAAUAAAUCGGAACUGAAGAGUGCCAUUUGGAGGAUACCGUACGUCGGAGGGGGCACAGAUACGGCGAAGGCAAUAGCUUACGCUCGGGAAGAAAUGUUUAAACCGGAUAAUGGUGGACGCGCAUGGGCAGCAAAAAUAUUGGUGCUGAUAACGGAUGGAUUCUUGAACAGAGGUCUUUAUGUGGAUGCCCAAGAGGAGGCUUACUUUGCUAAAUACAUGAACAUUACCGUGAUGGCGAUCGGUGUCGGCAGCGGCGUGCAGGACAUGGACCUGGAGGGGCUAGCAAGUACCCCGCGGGAAAAAUACGUGUUCCGGGUGGAUGACUACCAGGCCCUCAGUACACUGAAGAACGAACUGUCUAUCAAAACAUGUCAAGAUGCACCCCAGAAUGACCAAAUUUCCGAAGAAAAUCUAGAGCCUGAGGAAAAACCAAAAAUGUUGUGUGGCGGUAAGCCAGCUGAUUUAUAUUUCGUGUUGGAUUCCUCUAACAGCAUUCACAUUAGUGAUUUUGAUCGACAGCUGAGGUUCGUCAGUGAAGUUGUGGAUAUCUUUGACAUAUCUCCUUCCCAUACCAGAGUAGGGGUAACUUUAUACAGUGAUGGAAUCCACCCUGUCAUCCCAAUCAACAACGACUUUGAUAAAGAACAACUCAAACAUCGCGUCAGCAACUUAAGGCGUUUGACUGGAAACACAAAUACAGCCGCUGUUCUCAAAUAUAUGAGAGAAUAUGGGUUCCGGGAGGAUAUAGCAAGGUCGGAAGUAGCUCACAUUGUCGUUCUCUUGACAGACGGGAAGUCUACAAACACUAUCAAGACAGAAAUAGAAGCGAAACUGGCGCAUUCAGCGGGGAUAUAUGUAUUUGCUGUCGGUAUUGGGGACAUGGCGUCCAUUCCAGAGCUGAUGGCAAUCGCAAGCGAUCCUGACGAGAACUUCCUUUUCAAGGUCAACAAUUACAAUGCCCUACGCCAUCUGAAAAACAUACUUGCUAUCAAAGCUUGUAAAGUUGAAGUUACACCAAAUGAUGAGCCUGUCCUGAAUGACUUUGCUUGUGGCGUUUAUGGACCGCGCGAUAUUAUGUUUGUUUACGAUGAGGUUAACCUUGGUUUGGAAAAGUCAACCAUUCUUCGGAAGGCCAUAGGUAAAAUAGCAAAGAAUAUGGGUCUAGAAAGCAGACAUGACCAGCGAGUAGGAGUCAUGUCGGAAAUAUAUGCGCAUGGCUCUGAUGCAAGACUGACAGAAAUUCGGGACCAAACGUCUUUCGAGGAAAGAUUGAGUGCCGCAAAUGACGGAAAGCUCAGAGGUCUGCUGAGGAAAUUGCGCCAUCAUGCUUUUCUACCGGUCAAUGGUGGUCGGUCGAAUGCAGAACAUGUAGCUGUCAUAUUCUUGGACAAAAGUGCACAAAUAACACCUCGAGUCAUUCGCGAAGCGAAGAGAACAUCGUUUAAAAUUACAGUGUAUGUGGUUGUUGUUGGAAGCGAGGAAUCGGUGCCGGACGCAAAUCUGAUAUCUAGUUCGCCAGCCGAUCAGUUUCUCAUGCACGUACCUACAUACAAUGAUAUAUUGCUGUCAACGACAUCCAUCGCUAAAAAGCUAUGUGACGCGUGAGAUGUGAGCGAUUUGUUUCAUUGGUGCUAAAACUAAUAACUAUUCUAUUCUACCGAUACACAAACUCACCCCUAUUAUGUACCAUACAGUCUUUCAAAGGCUCAUAUCGAAAUGACUUCAUUUGUUACACACCGUUUUCUUAUCAGGGGACGACAUUCAUCACAGUUAAUAGUUUCAAAUGUAGGACAACAGUGUUGAGAAAAUUCAUGUAUUUCAGUUUGCUUUCAAUGUAUCAGAUACAAAAAAAAGCUUAUUUAAAAUGUCUAUAUUUAUAUAUAUCAUUGGUAAGUCCAAGCUUGUUGUUUCAAGGAUGAUUUCGCGUCACUCAUUUUCUCAUUUGUUUAAUUCUUUUAAAUUUUAAACAAAAUAUCAUCGCUCUCAAACAUACCUGAUAGCAGUAUUAUUAAGCAUUGAAUGUUUUGAACAUUCCAAUCCAUUUGGAUUACAUCUGUGAUAAUUUGUUUUCAGAUCAUAUGUUAAUUUAUUUGAGAAGAAUCUCUAUGUAAGUCAGUGUAUAUAAGAUUAGUGUCUCAAUAUAGCAGUAUAUAUUUAAUUGUCUCAUGUAGGAAUUUGGUUGGUGAAAGAGUCAUAUAUCUGUAUUUAUUAUUACAUGCCGUUUAAGCUCGACUGAUUGUAUUACCUGAAUGUAACUUGGAUAACAGCAGUUUCUAAGAUAUCUUAAUGAGCAAACAACCGAUACGAACAUUUAACUUCGUGGAAUGGUAACAAUUCAAUCUUCUAGCUACAAUAUCAUAUUUGCUCUCAUGCGAUUAGCUGAGCUUAAACGGGUCACUGGUGUUAUUUCGGAGAAAACGGGUUGCUUCGCGCUUCUUUUGUUCUUGCCUGUUGUUGUACAAAUGUAUAUUAUAUAUUCUGUCUGUUUAGUUUCGAUUGUAUAUCUAACAUGUGACGCUGUAGACUGCCUUAGUUGUUACUUAAAAUGAAAUCCGUCAUAAAGGAAUGAUAAAGUUUACAGAACGUAAUCAAAUGUUGUGAAAUCCAAUGAUUUUUUUUACUUUUCUACAACAUGUUAAAGAUUUUGCCAAUUUUGAAGGCUAUUGUAAGUUAAAUGUCGAUGCAUAAAUGUAUGGUGCCUCCGAUUUUGCGUGAAUUGAAGAAAUAAAUCUUUAUGAAGCAAUAUCUAUAUUGUACAA